CUCCAAUUUCGCGGCGAUUGGGUUGGGGGGGUAGUUCGAUAUCGUGGCCUCAAGCUCGGACUGUGUGAUACCACUGACGCAAACUCCUGCUUAGCUGCAUAUCGAUCUUCUCUUGUACUUUGCGAUUGCAGGCGCAUGUGCGGCAACGAUUGAUUUAUCCUCUGCUACAACUGUGGAGUGGCGAGCGAGUCCUUGACGGCCUUGCAUCGUUGACCGGACACAUACAUCUUCGCAUACGCCAACUCUAGCUUCAGCCAAGUCAUGGCGUCCAAAGCAGUCUCCCUGCGAGAUCGCCAGAUCGCAUCUCUCAAAAAGAUCCUCAAUCUCAACGAGACCAUCGAAUCGAGCGAGGCGGAGGAGGCACAUGCCAACGGACUUUUGGCUCCUGUUGCUCCCAUUCUAGAUGCCGAGGGAAACCCUAUCUGGAAAGUUCUCGUCUUUGAUGACCUGGGCAGAGAUGUUAUCAGCAGCGUCAUGCGGGUCAGUGACCUUCGCUCUAUGGGAGUGACGAUGCACAUGCAUAUUGGCACUCCGCGAUACCCUAUACCAGAUGUGCCAGUCAUCUAUCUGCUCGAACCGAAUGCGCGCAACCUACAGCUCAUGACAGAGGACCUACAAAAGGGGCUGUACUCACCGGCUUACGUCAACUUCCUGUCUUCUCUUCCUCGAGUCUUAUUAGAAGAGUUUGCUUCCCAGACGGCGGAAGCAGGGACAUCAGACAAGAUUGCGCAGCUUUUCGAUCAAUACCUCAACUUCAUUGUCGCAGAGCCAGACCUCUUCAGCUUGGGGAUGCAAAAUGAGCACACCUACUGGGCUCUGAACAGCGCAAAGACGAGCGAUGCCGAGCUAGAUGCAGUGGUGGACAGGAUAGUCAGUGGGCUUUUCAGCGUCGUCGUUACCAUGGGCGUCAUUCCGAUUAUCCGAUGUCCAAAGGGUGCCGCGGCAGAAAUGGUUGCUGUACGUCUCGACCGCAAGCUUCGAGAUCACAUCCUCAACUCAAAAGACAACCUGUUCUCCAACGCACGACCGACGGCAGCGGGCACGCCAAGCUCCAGACCUGUGCUUAUCCUUCUCGACCGCAAUGUUGACCUGAUACCUAUGCUGUCUCAUUCUUGGACAUAUCAGUCCCUCGUUCACGACGUCCUGUCCAUCAAACUCAACCGUAUUACAAUCGAGACACCCGUUGACGAGACCAACCCCGCCAAGGGCACAUCAAAGAAGGGCUACGACCUAACUGCCAACGACUUCUUCUGGAUCAAGAAUGCCGGAGUCCCUUUCCCGCAGGUAGCAGAAGAUAUUGACGCAGAGCUUACCAAAUACAAGGAAGAGACGGCCGCCAUAACAAAGACGACAGGAGUAUCGAGCUUGGAAGACUUGCAAAAUGAUACGAGUGCAAGUGCGCAGCACCUCAAGGCCGCGAUAACGUUGCUACCUGAGAUGCGGGAACGCAAGAGUAUUCUCGACAUGCACAUGAACAUUUUGGCGGCAUUGCUAUCUGGCAUCAAAGAUCGGCAGCUGGAUAACUAUUUCCAGGUGGAGGAAAAUGCCACGAAACAGACAAAAGCUCAGGUUCUAGAAAUCAUCAAGGAUGAGAACAAGGGUAACGAUCCAACCGAUAAACUACGACUGUUUAUCAUCUGGUUCCUAAGCACGGAGCAAGAGGUUGCGCGAGCGGAUUUCGAGUCAUUUGAGAAGGCGCUUGAAGCGGCUGGUGCAGAUGUCUCAUCACUGCCCUACAUUCGCCAGGUGCGCGCUACUACGAAGAUGACACAGCUGACUACCAUCAACAGCAACUCGAACCAGCAAGCAGCCUCUUCUGACUUAUUUGGACGGUUCUCAUCCAUCUCGUCCCGUUUGACAGACCGUCUCAAAGAGACCGGUGUCCCGUCUGGCUUAUCAUCGAACUUUGAUUCUCUAAUCAGCGGAGUCAAGAACUUUUUGCCCGCCGACCGCGAUCUCACAAUCACCAAGAUUGUCGAGUCCAUCAUGGAACCUUCUACGGCCUCAUCCUCAGCAAUUGCCAAGACAGAGAAUUAUCUCUACUUUGACCCCCGCUCCGCCAACGCUCGAGGCACAAUGCCACCGCCCAGUGCUAUCCGGUCAGGAGGCGCAGGCAGCGCGCCGGGUGGUUUACCAGGAUCCCAGAGCGGCCAGGCAGCCAGCUUCGGGCAGCGACGGCAGGGUUUUAGUGAAGCCGUUGUAUUCACAGUUGGCGGCGGCAGCAUGGAGGAAUAUGGAAACUUGCAUGAGUGGGUUAGCAGAACAAGCGGAGAUCGCGCACGCAAGCGAGUGGUGUAUGGCAGCACGGAAAUGAUUAACGCUGGGCAAUUCAUCAAGGAGGAGCUGGAAAGACUUGGCAAAGAGGUCUCGUCGUAAUUGUCCAAAGUGUAUUAAUGGGGAGAACAGGGCGAUGUUUUGACGACAUAGCAGUGGCGUGGUGGAGAGAUGGCUUAAGCUCGAGACAGCUCGGUGCCGAGGAGAGACCACAUGAGAGAAACAAUAUGGAUGUAGUUUAGUUUGCAGCGAUGGAAGGGCCAGGCGCAUACGUAAUACUGGGUGAAAAAUAGAAGAGCCUACAAAAAUAAAACAAAAGAGGCUCAAGGCAUUUAUGUUAGUGCUGCUAUUAUAUUACAAAGUCAAGCUGCUUUCCAC